AUGUUUUAUGUGUUUUUUGGAAAAGCAUAUUUGCUUCCUUUUUUCUUCUUUUCACUUGCUUUUCUUCUUUUCCUUUUCUUUUUUCUUUUUUUUCUGUCUUUUUUUCUCUCUUUUCUUUUUCUUUUUUUUUUCUUUUCUUUUUUCUUUCUUUCUCUUUUUUUUCUUUCUUUCUCUUUUCUUUUUUCUUUCUUUCUCUUUUUUUUCUUUCUCUUUUCUUUCUUUUUUCUUUCUUUUCUUUUUUCUUUUCUUUCUUUUUUUUUUCUCUUUUUUCUUUCUUUUCUUUUUCUUUCUUUCUCUUUUUCUUUCUUUCUCUUUUUCUUUCUUUCUUUUUCUUUCUUUCUCUUUUCUUUCUUUCUCUUUUUCUUUCUUUCUUUUUUUUUUUCUCUUUCUCUUUUUUCUUUCUUUCUCUUUUUCUUUCUUUUUUUUUUUUUCUUUUUUCUUUCUUUUCUUUUUCUUUCUUUCUUUUUCUUUCUUUCUCUUUUUUUUCUUUUCUUUUUUUCUUUCUUUUCUCUUUUUUUUCUUUCUUUCUCUUUCUUUCUUUCUUUUUCUUUCUUUUCUCUUUUCUUUCUUUCUCUUUUUCUUUCUUUCUCUUUUUCUUUCUUUUCUUUCUCUUUUUUUUCUUUCUUUCUCUUUUUUUUCUUUUCUUUUUUUCUCUUUCUCUUUUUCUUUCUUUCUUUUUUCUUUCUUUCUCUUUUUCUUUCUUUUCUUUUUUCUUUCUUUCUCUUUUUUUUCUUUCUUUCUCUUUUUCUUUUUUCUCUUUUUUCUUUUCUUUCUCUUUUUCUUUUUUUCUUUUCUUUCUUUCUCUUUUUCUUUUUUUCUUUUUUCUUUUCUUUCUCUUUUUCUUUUUUUCUUUUUUUUCUUUCUUUUUUUUUCUUUCUUUUUUUUUUUUCUCUUUCUUUUUUUUUUUUUUCUUCUCUUUUUUCUUUCUUUCUCUUUUUCUUUCUUUCUCUUUUUUCUUUCUUUUUUUUUUCUUUUUUUUUUUCUCUUUCUCUUUUUUCUCUCUUUCUCUUUUUUUUUUCUCUCUUUCUCUUUUUUUUUCUCUCUUUCUCUUUUUUUUUCUCUCUUUCUCUUUUUUUUUCUCUCUUUCUCUUUUUUUUUCUCUCUUUCUCUUUUUUUUUCUCUCUUUCUCUUUUUUUUUUCUUUCUCUUUUUUUUCUCUCUUUCUCUUUUUUCUCUCUUUCUCUUUUUUCUCUCUUUCUCUUUUUUCUCUCUUUCUCUUUUUUCUCUCUUUCUCUUUUUUCUCUCUUUCUCUUUUUUUCUCUCUUUCUCUUUUUUCUCUCUUUCUCUUUUUUUUUCUCUCUUUUUUUUCUCUCUCUUCUCUUUUUUUUUCUCUCUUUCUCUUUUUUUUUCUCUCUUUCUCUUUUUUUUUCUCUCUUUCUCUUUUUUUUUCUCUCUUUCUCUUUUUUUCUUUCUUAACAAAAGUAAACUUGUUGUUUUAUAUACAAAUAUUUUCUUUGUUUUAUCCAAAUAA